GUAAUCAUUAUGGAUAAUAUUGAUAGUUAUCUUGGCGAUUUUCUGGAAAAUGAUGAUGGGGAUCAGGAGAACAAUAGUAAAUUACAAAACAUGAGAUCUGGUGUAAUAUUUCUUGUUGAUUGUACACCUACAAUGCUUGGAUUAAUGAAUAAUAAUAAUAAUAAUAAUACUUCAAUAAAUUCAUCUGGAACAACCACGUCAGCGACAACAACGGCGACAGCGACAACGACACCGACGACAAUAACAACAGAAAGUGGAUUUAAUUUAAGCUUGUUAUGCUGUCAAACAUUUCAACAAAAUAAAGCCCUUCAUAGUCCAUUUGAUAUGAUUGGUUUAGUAUUAAUGCGUACUAAAGAAUCAUCACCUGAUAUGAAAAACAUUAUGGUUUUACAGCCUUUAGGUCUGGCUGAUGCUACGCGUAUAUUAGAGAUUGAACGAAUAAGACAGUUGAAACCAGAAGAAUUAGAAAAACGUUUUGGUACAAUUGUUGCAUUAUGGACAUGUCAAAAUUUAUUCAUUACAUGUUCAAAAUCAUUUGGUAUUAAGCAUAUCUUUCUGUUUACUGAUGAUCCUGAUCCAGUGAAUAGAAAUGCUAAUCUUAAAAGAAGAGCAGUUGCUAAAAUGGCAGAUAUGAGACAAUAUGGUAUAGAACUUGAAGUUAUUCCUAUCAAAUUAGACAAGUCACAAUUUCAAUAUGAAUUAUUCUAUGAUGAGCUUCUAGAAGAUGAAAUGUCUCUUACUGAUCUGAAUAAAUCACGUUAUCGUCCUGAUCCAACUGAGCGUCUUGAUGAAUUAUUAAGUCGUGUUAAUUGUCAUGAAUUACGUCGAUCACGUGUAUGCCGUUUACCGUUUCAUCUUGGACCAUCACCAGAAUUGGCUUUAGGUGUUUCAGUGUAUUGUCUAAUUCGUCCAGUACACUUGCCUACUCCAAUAUGGCUUUCAUCUAAUGACAAUAAGCCAAUCACAGUAAGAAGGCAAUAUUACAAAGGCAUAGAUCCAUAUGGUUCGUAUGAUCCAGUGAAAGAUGCACUCGCUGAUCAUGAUCUAGUUCGUGGUAUUAAACUUGAUGGUCGUUAUGUAUGCUUUGAUAAAGAUGAAAUUAAUGAAGCAAUGAAAAAUAUUGCUCCUGUUGGUAUCCAUCUGUUGGGUUUUAUAUCAAUGAAAUUUUUAAAACGUUUCUAUUAUAUUCGUCCAGCACAGUUUAUUUAUCCAGAUGAAGCAUCGAUACACGGAAGUUGUUUAUGGUUUACAGCUCUGCUGAAUCGUUGUCUACAUCGUAAACUUUUAGCUAUAGCUGUAUAUGUUCAAAGAAAGGGACAAUUUCCACGUCUUAUUGCACUUUAUCCUCAAGCUGAAGAGGUGAAUGAAGUCAAAGUUCAGACUAUGCCACCUGGAUUUCAUAUUAUAUUUUUGCCUUUUGCUGACGAUUUCCGUGAUAUUGACAUUCCAUCUGGGGAAAUAGCUGAUGAAUCUCAAGUAGAUAUUGCUAAGGCAAUGAUACGUAAAUUAAUGGUACCAUUCAGUCCUGGACAAAUUGAAAAUCCCUUGCUACAACGUUAUUAUUCUCUACUUGAAGCGUUAGCAUUUAAUCGAGAAUCUCAAGCUGAAAUUGUUGAUCAUACAUUGCCUAAAAUUGGAGCUAUGAAAAGAAGAGCCAGUGUGGAAAUUGAAGCCUUCAGACAAUGUUUCAACUUGGAGGCGGUGAAUUCAUUAAAGAAGGCUUACACUUCACAAUCAACUGACAGUAAUAGUAGUCAAAGUGUAAAACCAUUUCUAUCUGAAGAUGAACUCAAAGCAGCUGUGAGACUUGGUCAAUUAAAUAAGUAUACAGUGACAGUUUUACGUGAUACAAUCAAAUCACUUGAUCUUAAAAUAUCAACAACUGGUCGGAGUAAAAAAUCUGAUAUUAUACAACAAAUAAUGAAUCACUUUAAAUGAUGAAGAAAUCUGCUGU